AUUGAUAUCAAUAUUACGUUUGUUACUGUGCUUACUGCGUGGAAAAAAAAGUGUACUAGUACAUUUUAGAAACAUUUGAAACAAUAAUAUUAAUUAAACAGGAUGCCUAAAUGCCUCAUUUCCUGAACAUUUUAGUUAAUCAGGCUUAUUUUUGGUACUGGAAUCUACUGGUAGGAGUAAGUCCUGUAAGAACCAGGAAGUAAACCAUAUUUCUUUGUGUUCUUUAAACUUCUUACUUGAAUUUCAUAUCUAAUUGGUCUCUGCUUUUGAAAAAGAAUAGAAAAACCUGAUACUCCAGAAAAGAACAACAGCAUUUAUAAAAAAGUAAUUAGUAAGGAAAAAGGAAUUAUAAAAGAUAAUUUAAUAUAAAUGUCUUAUAUAUGUGUGUUAAGAACUAAGAAAGACUAUGUGGACCUAAGUUAUAGCCAGAAAGGAUUGUUACACAAAGAACUUUUUCACCAAGAGUGUAAGUAACUAUGAACCUUUACAAAAUCAACAUCCUUGGGAAAACUUAAAUAUAAGAGAUAUUUAGCUCUCUGAGAUGGUUUCAGUAUCUGCUGAUGGGGGAAAUUCAGAAGAAGCAAAACCUGUUUUAUGUAAAUCCCAAUAAAACACCUAUUUACAGUGGUAAAAAAUAGAAUACUUUGGCUAAUUGAACAUUUAGAUCAAUUUAGAAUAUUUUCAAAAAUUAAGGUAAACUAUUAAUGCUAAUGGUGUUCUGAAUUUAAUUGCUAAUUGAAAAGGUAGUUCUGAAUCUUUCAGUUUCUCUAGGUUAACCCUAUAUACUUCAGCAUUGUAUUGAAAAUAUAAAGGGUUUAGGAUCUAGGGCUUAUGGUGCCUGAUCCUAAGCUUGUCCUCUGAAAUUGUUUUUCAGGGUAAAUCUUUCAUACCUCCUUUUUAAAUUGUCAAGUAUUUAUUUCUCAUGAAACUAGGAGUAAAAUGUACAAAAGAACAAAGAUCUAGUAAAAUUGUAGGGAGUUCAGAAACCAUUGUUUAAUGGGAGGAACACUAAAUAGAACAAUAGUAUAGAAUGUAAAAUUUGGAGUAAAUCUGACAUAUCUUCAAGAUAAAAUGUCCUGUGUCUCCUGUACAUACUAAAAAUGUACUUUGUAUUGGCAUUUUUACAUGUCAUCUUUACAAAUACAUACACAGCAUAUCUAAGGGUGACAGUUUUAACCAUCGUUAAAUUAUUCCACAGGGACUACACAGUAGGAAUAGCUUACCAACUCCCCAGCUGAGGAGGAGCCCCGGAACUUCCGGUCUGCCACCUAUUGAACAGUCGUCGUCCCGGUGGGAACGCAGUAAUGGCAAAAGGCCACACCAAGAGUUUGGCAUUUCAAGUCAAGGAUCCUAUCUAAAUGGACCUUUAAGUUCAAAUCUACUGACAAUGACGAAGCAAAGGUCAUCUUCCGUAUCCCUAACUCACCAUAUAGGUCUAAGAAGAGCUGCUGCUUUCCCCAGCCUGAGUCCUGUGAAUUCUCCCAGCCAUGGACUAGUCUCCGCUGGCUCUCUAAUGAAUCGAUCACUUGUAGAAUUUCCUGCCACUGCCAGUUCUCUUACUAAGCCAAGUGUUAUUUUACACCGAUCUCUGGGCAGUGCACCCAAUUCACCAGAUUUUUAUCAGCAUGUUAGAAAUUCUGAUAGCAGUUUAUGUAACAGCUGUGGACAUCAAAUAUGGAAAUAUGUUUCAACAUCUGAAUCCGAAUCUGGUAUAGACUGCCACAGUGGAAAGUCAGGUGAUGAAGACAACACCGUUUCCUCAAAACAAUCAUUCAGCCUCACAGAAGUGCAACAUGAAGUGGAAACAGAGAACACAGAGUGCAGAAAAUUAUUUUUGGAAGGUGAUACUCACCUAACAGAAGAGGCACAGAAUGAACAGCAACCAAAUAUUGAACAGGAAGCAUCACUGGACCUGAUUUUAAUAGAAGAUUAUGAUUCCUUAGUAGAGAAGAUGAGCAACUGGAAUUUUCAAAUAUUUGAAGUUGUUGAAAAAAUGGGAGAGAAAUCAGGAAGGAUCCUUAGUCAGGUUAUGUAUACCUUAUUUCAAGACACUGGUUUAUUGGAAAUAUUUAAAAUUCCCACUCUACAGUUCAUGAACUAUUUUCGUGCAUUAGAAAAUGGCUACCGAGACAUUCCUUAUCACAACCGUAUACAUGCCACAGACGUCCUGCAUGCAGUUUGGUAUCUGACAACCCGGCCAAUUCCUGGUUUACAGCAGAUCCACAAUGAUCAUACAACAGGAAACGAAACAGAUUCGGAUGGUAGAAUGAACCCUGGGCAAAUUGCCUACAUUUCUUCGAGGAGCUGCUCUAUUCCAGAUGAGAGCUAUGGGUGCCUUUCUGCAAACAUUCCUGCACUGGAAUUGAUGGCUCUCUACGUGGCAGCUGCCAUGCAUGAUUACGAUCACCCAGGGCGGACAAAUGCAUUUCUAGUGGCUACUAAUGCCCCUCAGGUAGGAAAUAUUUUCUUAGAAAGUUUAAAAAGCAAUUCUCAAAUGUUACAACCAUGUUGUAGAUCCUUUUGUUAAACCAUCCUUCACUCCAGUCAGAAAGCCAUUCCAUGUACGUUGUAAUUAAUCGGAUUUUAACACAUGACAUUGACAUGAUUGACAUGAUGUGUGCUCAAGAAUUAAGAAGCCAUUACCGUCUUCCACUGGAAAAUAAAAUGUUCAGGAAAGAGUGACUCACUGUUUUAUGAAAUUCUGGAAUUCUUGUCAAUAUUUUUCCCUUUGGUCAAAUUGAUGAGGCUGACUAGAUGGAAAACUUACUCUUCCUUCUUCCUUUCUAUGGCUAAAAACCUAAUGAUGAAGAACUAUCAUUUUUGUUGUUUUCCUCUUUUGCCCUUAAUACUCAGACUCUAAAUCUCUCUUCUAGUACCACAUUGUUUUUGUAUCCAAUACAGCUGAUGAGGUGCAAGAUUCCUUUACGGUCAAAAUUUUCACAGAACGUAGGAGUUGCCAACAAAUGGAUACUGUAAUUGCAGUAGCUUUACCCACUAGGACUUGGGACUAAAUCCUUGGUUCUAAGUGGUCGUGGGUGUUUGUUUAGGCUGGCGAUUCCUGAAAUGUCAUCUUCGUGCUUGUAACUGCGUGCCUUACAAAGAACAAAUCGUCACUUGGCUGAAUUUCUUACGUCUUCACUUCACUGCUCUAGGUAUAAACCUCACUUCUGAUUUUUUUCGUCUUCAGUAGUCAUCCUCUUUGUCACUUCUCUUUCACACACUCUCACUCUUUAAAAUAUAGGAGAUAGAUUCUCUAGACAGAACAAGAAUAGGAUUCAGAGACAAGAGAGAGAGGGUUAACAAUGUUAUGAAACUCACUUCUCCAAUGGGACUUUAUUAAUAGCUCAUGUUUUCCACAGGUAACUUUUUAAAGAAUUUCCAUUGAGGGGCACCUGGGUGGCU